CAGCAAAGAGAGAGGUUUGACAGCGCGGGAAGAAGGUCGCAAGGGCCACAGUAGAGUGGACACGAUAAGAUUCCUCCAGUAUUUAUUUCUUCACCAGCCUUUAACACCUGUGGUAAUUGGCCGCAGUAAUCAUUAACUAGCCUGGCGCUGCCUGUGCUUAGUUUCCUCAGCUUCGGCAAAACACUUCUAUUUUAAGCUGAAACCAGCAGUAACUAAGCCAGCCAGCCCCUUGCAAAUGCAGUAAGCAGCCUUUGAUCACCGGGGGAUAAGCUGCUCAACACAUGAUCACGUUCAUCCCCUUCUUCCGUCCAGACCCCGGACUGCAAGCUGGUCAUGACAAGCACUAGGGGAAGACAUGAUUGCCUUCAGCCGAGGCAAGGCGACCUUGAUGACACUCUCCACAAAGUCCGUCAGUACUGGCAUAACCUAGCGCAGCAAGCUGUCACUCAAUAUAGGAAUGGUAUUCCUUUUCAAUACCUUCGGCCCGAGAACAUACCCAAGCAUGUACCCGCGAUGCUGGAUGCAGAGUCUCGCGGGACUUCGAAUAAGUUUGUCUCCAGAGGUGUGCUAUACAGUGCAGUAGAGAGGGUGUGGGUAACCUCAGAAGAUGGUGAGCGUGGAAUCAAUGGAAAGCAGAAGACACGAGCUGCUUUAUCUGGAUAGAAUCUCAAGAGCCUAUCCCCAGUGGUCGGUACAAGAAUAUAUAUAUAUAUAUAUACG